UUACAGAUUAGCCAUGCAGUUUGUCGUUUUAUAUAUAAUCGUCAUCUUGUUUUCACAAUCGUCAACUUGCUGGUCCACACAAGCAAUAGACAACGAUGGUUACAAUGUUUACAAUGUCAUAGAAUUUCCAUCAAAUUACGUGGACGAGUCGGUGCAAGGUCUCUGUGAAGAUGACACAAUUUCUUUAAACUUCUCAAAUGCAGUAAUCUCUGAGAUCAAUCAAAAUUUUAUCAGUAGUUCUAUAAUUACUUGCCUCAACCUCACGGAUAAUAAUAUUAGGAACAUUGGUAACGGCGCUUUCGAUAAACUUCCAAAUUUAAAUUACUUGUUUCUUUCGAACAAUAGACUUGAAAGAAAUGAACUCUUUAAUUUUGGAAGUCAUAAUAAGUUACAAGUUCUUAUUAUGAAUGAGGCAGUAAACCCAGACUACUGUUUUGAUUUUCAUAAAACUAUUUCCGGCGAAUAUCCCAACUUAGAAAUUUUGUCUCUCCGUAAAAAUUGUUUCCAUGAUUUGCAGGCUUCGCGAUUUCCAUUUCCUAAAUUAAAGAUUUUGGAUCUCUCCGGAAACAGCAUAUCACAACCCAAUUUUGUAGAAUUCCUACCAAAUAGCUUAUACUAUCUUGAUCUUCACGAUAAUUCACUUAGUUCUUUGGAUUUAAGCAAAAGAACCAACAAAUUGUUCGCAUUGAACUUAAAUAACAAUCGUUUUACUUCCAUUAAAAAGUGGCUUAAUGGGUAUAGCGAUCUAUCAGUGGUUGAUUUGAAAGAUCUACAGUAUCUUUCGAUUUCCGAAAACGGAAUUAAUAAUAUCGAACCAGAUGCAUUUCAAGAUAAUAACAGACUACUCUACUUGAAUUUAUCCACAAAUCACAUAAAUUAUUUACGUCCAAAGACAUUUGCAAAUUUGCAGUAUUUAAACAUACUCGAUUUAAGUAACAAUAGACUUAAAGGGGUUCCGCAAAUAUUAAAUCAAAUAAAAAUAAGUGCUUUGUAUAUUAAUAACAAUAACAUAAAGAAAAUAAUCUCAUACAAUUUUGUGCAAAUGCCGAAAUUGACGAAAUUAUUAAUGGGAAAGAAUCAAAUUGAUGAGAUCGAUGUUGAUGCAUUCGCUUCUCUUUCUAUCUUAGAAGAUCUAGAUUUGUCGACGAAUAUGUUAAGUUCUCUGCCGGUAGGAUGGGCAGAAUCCCUUGUAUCUCUAAAACAUUUGGAUUUGAGUAAUAAUAAAUUUAUUUCAUUGGAGUCAUUGUCACUAACCAGUACAUUGCCAAUAAUAGAAAUAUAUUUAAUGAUGAAUCCAUUAGAAUAUCUGAAUGUAAAAUAUUUUGAAAAUUUACCGCAGAAUCUUACUAUCCACUUAAUAAACUAUAAUAGUCAGUUUAUAAACGUUUCGGAUAUUGAUAUGAGCAACGAAUGA